AUGAAUUUAAUUGCGGGCUCGUAUGAGAAGUUCAUUUGGGGCACCAAGCUCAAGCCCCUCAAGCAUUCUCCCCAUGGCCAUACCCUAGCCCUAACCAAACUCUUCUACUACCUCUCCUACCUCUCUCCAAUCUCGUCGGUCGCGGCUGGCAACCCCGUCGCAGCCUCCAGCACCGGCGAUGCCACUGUCCACCUCUAUAACCUAACGACGGCCUCCUCCCUCGGCUCCCUCCACCACCAUUCUACUACGGUCACCGCCCUAUGCUUCUACACCCCUCCGCACCUCUCAUUCCCGCACGAUCUCCUCCUUGCUUCGAUGGACGGCUCAGUGUGCAUCUUCGACACUAAUCCCUUUGUGCACUUGAAAACAAUUAGGGUUUACAAGAAGGGCGGAGUCAAUAGCCUCUUGGUGCAUCCGUUGGGGAAGCAGCAAACGGAUAACACCUCAUAA